CGCCUCCCCCUUCCCUCUCGCCGGUUUUCUUUGCAGCAUUUCCAUGCUAGAGGUCCCCACCGAGCUGCGGAACGAGGAUCUGCCUGGCUGCGCCGGGCCCUCUUCCUUCCUUUGUGCAUCCCCCAGCCCUGUGCAAGCCGUGCCCCCCGCCCCGGCCGCCACGUCCCCGCUGCAUCCCCCCCCUCCGGAGCCCCCCCGGCCCUGGAGGCAGGAGGAAGCCGCCCCUCCGGACACGCAGAGCCGGGGCAGCGGCCAGGCACCGGCUGCCACGUCGUGCCACCUCCUCCUUCCCGGCCCGGCCGGGGCACCGAGGCCGCAUCCCCGCCCGCAUCCCUGCCCGUAUCCCCGCAUCCAUCCCGCUCCGCGGUUCGGAGGCGGCGGGGCCUCCUUCGGCGGAUGCUGCGCGUCUCCCCGGGCCGCUGGUGCUAAAUGCUGAGCGCCGACAGGAUGGAGGAGUUUCAGAGCGAGGAAGAGGAGCCCUGGUACGACCAGCAGGACCUGGAGCAGGACUUGCACUUGGCUGCAGAGCUGGGGAAGACACUGCUGGAGCGAAACAAAGAGCUGGAGGACUCCCUGCAGCAGAUGUAUGCCACCAACGAGGAGCAAGUGCAGGAGAUCGAGUACCUGACCAAGCAACUGGAGAUGCUGCGGCAAAUGAACGAACAGCAUGCAAAAGUCUACGAGCAGCUGGACCUGACAGCACGGGACCUGGAGCUGGCUAACCAGAAGCUCGUGCUGGAAAGCAAGACAUCCCAACAGAAGAUCCACUGCUUGACAGAAACGAUCGAGGGGCUGCAGAACCAGGUGGAGGAGCUGCAGAAGCAGGUGGAAGAAAUGCGGAGCUUGGAGCAGCUCCGCAUCCGGCGGGAGAAGAGGGAGCGGCGCCGAACCAUCCACACCUUCCCCUGCCUUAAGGAGCUGUGCUCCAGCCCCAGGUAUGAGGAUGCAUUCCAAGUCCACAGCUCUUCCACAGAAUUCAACCAGAAGCCGCUGGAGAGGGAGAACGAGCGUCUCCAAGCCAUGGUGAACUCGCUGAGAUCCCAGGUGAACCAGGAGAAGCAGCGGAAGGAGAGGGUGGAACGCGAGUACACCUCGGUUAUCCAGGAGUACUCGGACCUGGAGCAGCGGGUGUGCGAGAUGGAGAACUGCAAACUGCGCAUCAAGGAGCUGGAGGCAGAGCUCCUGGAGCUGCAGCAGAUGAAACAAGUCAAGAAAUACCUGCUCAGCAGAGAGGACAACCUGUCCGAAGCCCUCCUCGAGCCGCUGAACAACGCCCCGGAAGCAGAUUACAUCGACCUGUCCGAGGAGGAGGGAGGGAAAAGCCACGGGACAUCCAUGACCCCUUCCCCAAACCACCCCGUGCGGAAAAGCUGCAGCGACACGGCCCUGAACGCCAUCGUGACCAAGGACGCCGUGAGCCGGCACGAGGGCAAUUACACCCUGCACGCCAACAACGUGCGCAAGCGGGGCAUGUCCAUCCUGCGCGAGGUGGACGAGCAGUACCAUGCCCUGCUGGAGAAGUACGAGGAGCUGCUCAGCAAGUGCCGGCAGCACAAGGACAGCGUGCGCCACACGGGCGUCCAGACCUCCCGGCCCAUCUCCCGCGACAGCUCCUUCAGGGACUUCCGAGGAGAGGGGCACGAGCUGGAAGAGCGGAAAACCAUGGAGAAGACCAUCAGCAAACACGUGGACGCCGUGGACAAGCGGCUGGAGCAGAGCCAGCCCGAGUACAAGGCUCUUUUUAAGGAGAUCUUCUCCCGCAUCCAGAAAACGAAAGCGGACAUCAAUGCCACAAAGGUGAAAAACAAGAGCAGCAAAUGAGUCCUCGCUCUCCACUGCUCCCACGUGCAAUUGCAAUGGCCACGUCUUCUCUUGAGCCCCAGGAAACGCCACGUGGCCCCUCUGCUUUGAAGGUUCGAGAGGUCUGCAAGCGAGAGAAUGUCACAGGGACCCAACUCACUUUUUUAAGCUUGGGCUCUGGACAGCCUGUUGGGACAAUUGUACAUUGUAGUUAGAGGAUUUCAGAAACCACAUGACGGAUCUCUGCAUGAGUUACUGCCGCUGCCAGACAUCACAACAGCAAUGUCAACCCCACCAUGAUAAAAAAGAAACCAAUCUCCCCCUCCACCCUUUUUCAGCUUGUCCUAUAGCCCAAUUAUCUGCAAGCAAAAGCCUGGAUGUCCUCCAGUGUCCUGCCACAGCUGGAGUACAGCGUCUCAAAGUAAAACAAAAAGCCAUCAGAACUUUAGGGGCUGCCCCAGCACAGUAGCCCAGUCCUCCAGUUUGGUUUUAUGGCUAAGAACCUACGCUUGAACCCAAGAGACGUCUAUCUCUGCCUUCCCCAAAGGGCAGUACGGUCUUGCUAUUUAAGCCAUUCUCUAAUCAGUCAGGUUUUUCAGCUCUUUACAAUGCAAGCUCAUUGCAACUGGAAAAACUUGAAGAGAAACAUAAAACUGAUUGUUCCAUCUCUGUCAGCGUCACUCAGUGUUUCAGUCCACACUCUCCAGACCUUGCAGGCAUAUGGGAUUUACUCGCUUUAAAUCUGCCCUGGUAUUUCAACCCAGGUGAAGCACCGUGCCUGGUAGGAACUCGGUGCCCAGGGCUUUCCCAUAGCGAGACAAGAAGUGCUAUUACAAUAUCAGAGACACACUCUCAUCUCAUGGUCUGGGUACCAGCUCUCUUCAAGAGGUUGUCAUUGUCCCAUCAUAGCAAAUUCCUUAAAAACAGCUUGCAUGGGCUUACAAAACUGACUCCCAGGGACUCGCACACGAGCCAGGGGAUGCAGCAUCUCCCGGGUCAGGAGUCUGGCCCUGGCAGUAGCACGGAUCACACAUCACCCCUCACUCCUGCUCCAAACAUCUCCCCAGCCACAAGGACAGAUUUCAGCUUCCUGCUGAAAAUAAUCUUUCUUGGCUGAGACACUGUCGCCUCUCAUGUUCCAGUUCCCUUUCCAGCACUGAAAUCUCCUCACUUUUGCUUCCACAGACAUGCAAACACACAGCCAAAAGGCCAGUGCAGUCUCAGGAAUCACCAGUGUCCAAUUUCCACGAACUAGAUGAUGACCUAGUACGGUCAGACAUGUUUUAGGCAGAGAAGCAGCAUCUCAUUACAGCUUAGGCAACACCCUGAGCAUUGAGCCACAAAACCCAGCAGUUCAGUGUAAGCAACCUACUCUGUACCCGCCUGGAGCAACCAUCAGCUACAUCUGGAUUCUCGUUUCACCAGCUUACAUCCCAAAAUCUUGGGUCAACGGCUGGGACUUCUGCAACAUUGAGAUAAAUAAAUGAGAAUGUGGCUUUGGAAGGGGAAGACUGUUCAAAUGGAAUUAUCCCUCAAGUCCAGGGCUUUGAUGCUACAAGGAGCGACCUUUCUUUCACUCCCCAUGGAAUUAAUGCAGAAAACCCCCCAAAACCACCCUGUUUUGUUGAGCUGAGUACCACAGAGGUAAGCUGGCAGGAGUGUGAUGUGCAAACCACCCCUGCUCCAGAGUUCUCCUCCUCAAAACCACCAACUGCUCCGCUCUUCCACGCUCUGCAUUUCCAGGUGCCCCACGGCUCCCGACACAUCAGGAGCUGCACACACGGCUGUGGCUACCAGCUCUGCAACAGUAUGGAGAACCUUCAUGCCUUAUUUAUUUAUAAUGGAAAGCAGUUGUCUAAUAAAAUAAAAUAAAUAAAAAUGAACAACAACAGCAA